AUGGCUUCCAAGAAAAACCAGCGAGGUGGCAUUCGCAAAUCAGACGGAAUUCAUUUCGUCAAUGCCAGACCUUCAUCCGAGACCGAACGGAUAAAAGCACAACGCUUGGUGCGAGCGCAUGUGGGCCGAUGGAUCUCCGACCAGACCAGAGAUAAAGAUCGCACGGCAGAGGCAGCUUCCAACUCGGUGUCAUCGAUUCGCUCGUCAGCGUCAGCUUCAACGUCAGCCUCGGCCUCGGCCUCGACCUCGACAUCAAUUUCGCCCUUAUCGAUAGGCGCGUCAACAGGAUCAACUCCUCCCAAUAAUCCUCAGAGUGCACAAGCUGCCACCCGCCCCUCAUUGCCGAGCGAUGAUGGCCCACCGUCCUCGUUUAUUGUCGUCUCGCGUCCCUCACCGCAGCCGACCCGCUAUGUCCCCGCCCCGCGCCGCGGCAUCGCUGCCAGGGGCUUGAACCAGCGACCGCUGCGGGAAUGGCAGCGAUCACCAUUUCCCCCAUCCCACGCCAGCGACAGUAGCGAUAGUAGUGACGAUGCGGCUUCACUCACGGAACCAAUUGCCUUUAUCCCAUGGCACGAGGUGGCACGCGUGGAACCCCAGAUUUCCGGCCUCUUCGACCCUUUUGGCACAUAUCCUACGGAAUUCUCACCUGACCUUGUGAACCCAUGCGAGACAUACCGUCUGAGACACAUGAAAAAGGCUGGCGAAGAUUGGUUUCCUCUUUCAUUAUCUGACCCUGCCCUCUUUACGGCGUUUAUUUACGGAUCGCUCUGUCACCAGCGAGUCCAGUGGCUCAAUCAGGUCACUCCGAGCUCCAGCUUCGGUCCUAGGCAGGAGCGUCUCUUACAGCAAUGCGAGGUGGAAGCCAUCAAGUUGAUCAAUGUAGCGAUGAAAGACCCUUCUCGCCGAGUUAGUGACGCUGUAAUCCUGAGCGUGAUUUGUAUGGCUCACCACCAAGCAAUGGACGACACUUUCAGGCGACAGCUACCCACUCCGUUCAAAGCACCGUUUCAACGCCUGCAGUGGCUCAACGUCUAUGGGUGCUUGCCUCCUAAUAUGAUCCAUAUUCAAGGGCUGGUGCAACUGAUCAUUAUGCGCGGUGGACUGCGAAGUAUAAAAACGGCCGGGCUGGCGGCGACUAUCUCUUUUUCUGACAUAUUCACCGCGAGUGUACUCUGCACCAAGCCAGGUUUCGAGUUCUGGCCAGUAGAUGAAUCCCGCUGUGGGAUCGAACUUCGGCCUCUUCUAGGCUUCGAUCAAUCCGAUAUCGACCGUGGCUUCGGUCGCCUGUGCAGCAUUGGAAUAACUCCCCAGAUGGCAGAGGCAUUCCAAGCCGCCCGCAUGUACAUCAACAUUGUCCGAGAUAAUCUCGCAAAAAGCCAUGAUUCCUCAUUACUAGCAGACCAACGCAACCUAACGCAACAUACAAUUCUGUCUCUGCCACCCGCGUCGACGAUAUCUCACCAGUUCGUCCACCCCACACAUGCGAUCACUUACGAAGCUUGUCGGUUAGCAUGUUGGAUUUUUGCCGUCGGCGUUAUUUUCCCUGUCCCGGCUCAGAGCACGCCCUUGGCCAGUCUAGCUCAGCAACUUCAAGGUGUUCUCCGUGACCCAGAAGCCUCCGGAUUAUGGACAUCGCCGCAAACACGGAUUCCGUUAUUAUGGAUUCUCAUGUUAGGCGGAAUUGCCGCAACCGAGAUGCCAGAGCGACCAUUCUUUACCUCGGCUUUGGAACGGACCUUACGGAGGAGCGGGAUCUCCUCUUGGCUGGGUGUCAAACGUGUUCUCGACAUCAUGCUUUGGUAUGAUAUGGCUUGCGAUGAAUCGGCGGAGGCGCUUUUGUAUGACGCGAUUCGUCUUGCGAAUAGCGUGUCUGAGGCGGGAAGUUGA